AUGGAUGAGCCUCCCCCGCCGGGUUUACAAGGUGCCAUGCAGCUGACCUUCAGGAAGCUGGGGUUUGACUACUACCCUGUCCACAGACCUGCUGAUGGGUGCCGACACUGGGAGCGCCACAGUGUAGCCAUGGAGGCUCAGGCCCAGUGGGCUGGGAAACUGCUGCAGGAGUACCAGAGGAGAGCAGAGGCCUCUGGGUUCCCAGGGCCACAUACUGAGGUCCGCCAGCCAACAAAGGACUCCCCUGCAAAGGCAGUUAAAGAUGGACAGUGUAGUCCCAAGUUAAACUCCUGUGACAAAGAGCAGUCAAGCAGCAGGACCACUGUGACAACUUCUGCAGACUCAUCGCUGAAGAGGCUGAGAUCUAGCUGUGUAGUGGUCAGGAUGGAUGACGUGGACAUUCACCAGGUGUCCACAAGGGGCCAUCAGAAGAAGAAGACCCAGUCUUUACUGUCCUGUAAUCGUAAAGCUCUGGGUCUGCCAGAUGACAUACCAGCAGUUCAUCUGCAGUUUACUGAAUACUACCUUCCUGACAACCCCAGUUUAUCAGACAAAGUUCACGAUCACAGCCAACUGCAUCCAGUGGAGCACACAUGA